UUGUGGAUGCUGCAAACUCUCUCUAGCCAUGAGAGAUAUAAUCCUCGACCCUCUUGAGGCAUUUGGGGGUCUCACUUCACAGCCGCUUUGCUUGAAUCUAGAAAUUAAUUAGAGAGCAUGAUUCCUGUGUGCCACAUGCUCUGCUCUGUCACCACCAAUGGUGCAUUCCAUUCCUGGCCAGUUGACAGAAAAACAUGCUCUACAGCCCCCAUCGCUCUCAUCCUAAAACUUUCAAGGCAACCUUCAUCCUUGAUGGCUUGCUGCGUGAGGAAGCCUUCAACAGGGACCCGAUUGCUCCCAGGUUUCCGAAUUUUGGAGAACCUGGAGAUGAGCAAUGGAAGGAUAUUAGCCAGUGGGACACCACUGAAAAUCUUCGGCAUGGACAUAGGGUACAUCUGGUCAGCCUUGCUGGAUGCUACCAUCCCCUCCAGGGACUCCCUUCUACCAUUCUUGUCAACAGUCCUUGGGUACUUCAUCAUUGCUGGAUCUAUCGUCACCAAGCUCCCUCAGAUACUAAAGAUUUUGAAGCAUGGAAGUGUUAGAGGACUUAGUGUAGCCUCCUUUGAGCUUGAGCUCAUUGGCUACACAAUUGCUCUGGCAUAUUGUAUUCAUAAAGGACUGCCCUUUUCAGCUUAUGGAGAGCUAGCUUUUCUGCUGAUCCAAGCAAUUAUCUUGAUUGGAAUCAUUUACUAUUACUCGCCACCAAUGGGAAGCAAAACAUGGAUGAAAGCUUUGCUAUAUUGUGGACUAGCUCCAACUGUUUUGGCUGGAAAAAUUGAUCCAGGUCUUUUUGAAAUCCUUUAUGCUUCACAGCAUGCCAUCUUCUUUUGUGCUAGAGUACCACAGAUAUGGAAAAAUUUCACAAAUAAGAGCACUGGCGAGCUGAGCUUCCUGACUUCUUUCAUGAACUUCGCUGGUUCCCUUGUAAGAGUUUUUACCAGCAUCCAGGAGAAGACUCCGUUAAGUGUACUUAUGGGCUCUGUAAUCGGCAUCGUGACAAACGGUACGAUUUUGGGUCAGAUAGCGAUGUACCAAAAGCCUGUGCCGAAGAAAGGAAAGAAAGAAGAAUAGGGCGUGAGAACUCUUGCUGCUGGUUUACAAUUUUGCUCCAGGGCUAUUCUUGGAGCAACAUGCACCACUUACCAGGACUUCAUGACAAAAACAGUAGGGAGAAAAUUCAUGCAGACUUGGGUGAUGAUGGAAACAAUAGGAUAUUUCUUCGUUUGUAAUUUUUCGAAGUAUCGUAAAAUGACUGGCUGUGUAGUUUUCAAUUGCCACCUUGGUUAGUUUUCUCUGUGCAACUGUUUAAUGAUGCUAGAAAGAUGUAUAUCCAUUUUUAUGUUUGAAUAUUAUUUGUUGUUUUUAGCAA